CACAGAUUCCCUCUUUGGAUCGAUGGCCGACGUCGAAAUCCAUUCAUCUCCCCUCUUUUUCCUCGGCGCGAUACAGUUUACAGCGUGGCUUUGGGGACUUACGAAUUACUGCUGCCCGAUUGGGGUGACAGGAUCAAUAUCGCUCCUUGACGCCACUUCUUGCCAGCAAAUAAUCCCGGGAUGAUUGCUGAAGAUAUGUUUGCUCUCAUGCCCGAUGUAUCAGUCAUAUUCUAUCUAGAUAACUAGGAGAUGGAGCUGGAACUGACUCUCCUCUGCCUCGCCUCCGGGUGCUCGACGGUACUGCAAGUUUGCCACAAGGUGGCACGUAAUGUGGGAGGCAUCCAUGUGGCCCCCGAGAGAUCCUUUACACUCUUUUCAUUCUACAUCCUGCCCACUACCUGCUUAGCCGAUCCUGUGGGUGCAGCACAUUGCAUCCGUCGAUCCACUUCUCUGCAAGGAAAACUCCGGUACAGAGUUCUCGAAGAGACAGUAAUUGUGCAGUCCCCUCGCGAACUCGGUGCCAAAUUCCAAGCCGCAUGUCAGUGGGCUGAUAGGGACGGAUCAAACUCCCUGCCCUGGAACGCAGUCUAG